AUGAAACCUAAAGGAUAUUUAAAUUUCAACAUGGAUAUUUCGUUUUGGAUGUAUUGUGUUUUUAUACUUAUAAGUUCUAUAGAAUGUGUGUAUGGAGCUUGUCCCGAGAAAUGUAUUUGUGAAGGGAAAACGGUCAAUUGUGCAUUUAGAGGAUUUAAUAAUGUUCCACAGGAUAUGCCAAAACAGACACAUAAAAUAGAUUUACAGGGCAACAAUAUUACAAUCAUCAGAAGAAGGGACUUUGAGGGUUAUCGGCAACUUCGUAAUUUAUUAUUGCUGGAAAAUCAAAUUCACACAAUAGAAAGGGGAUCGUUCGAGGAUCUUACAGAAAUGGAACGAUUGAGACUGGAUAGAAAUCGACUUUCUGCAAUUCCAGGACAUUUGUUCAGUACGAUGCCCAACCUGCAGAGAUUAGACUUGAGCUAUAACAGAUUGCGGUUCAUUGGCAAAGAUACAUUAACAGGAUCAAUGGUUCUGAAAAACCUACAACUUGACCACAAUGAGCUGACAUGUGUAUCUGGUCAGGCCAUCAAAACACAUCGUUACAUGGAGAUUUUGACUUUGAACAACAACAAUUUGACGACACUCCCUGACGACAUCUUCAAUACUAUGAGAAAGCUUAGAACACUUCGUUUGAUGAACAAUAAUUUCAAUUGCGAUUGCAAUCUGAGGUGGCUUGCUCGUUGGCUACGGAACGCAAGGAGACUCGGCCGAGGAACAGAGUGUUCAUCUCCGUCAAAUCUACAGAGCAUUGAGCUGAAAGAUUUGGAUGAGAUGGAAUUCAAAUGCAAUGACCUACAGCACCAAGUUGUGAACCAGUGCUUGGAGGAAGCUAUGUGCCCUUCACGUUGUCGCUGUACUGAAGGAGUUGUCGACUGUCGAGAUCUCAGACUUACAGCAGUGCCGAAAAACUUCCCAGAGGAUGUGGUUGAGAUUCGUUUGGAAGGAAAUUCCAUUGCUCGGAUACCAUCGAGAGCGUUUGCCGAUCUUGCACGUCUGCGAAGGAUUGAUAUAAGCAACAACAAGAUAUCCCACAUUGCACCUGAUGCGUUUGCUGGGCUUUCAUCUCUUAAUUCGUUGGUACUGUAUGCCAACAAGAUAACAGAGCUACCCUUGGGUGUAUUCAGAGACCUCAGCUCUCUACAACUUCUACUUCUGAACGCCAACAAAAUCAAGUGUCUACAUGCAGACAUUUUCCGGGAUCUAUACAGUCUGAAUCUUUUGUCCCUCUAUGACAAUAAGAUCAUGUCUCUAGCCAAUGGAACCUUUGACUCACUGCGUAACAUUCAGACCCUCCAUCUUGGACGGAAUCCAUUUAUCUGUGAUUGUAACCUGGCAUGGUUGGCUGAGUAUCUACAAAGACGACCUGUGGAAACAAGCAGUGUCCGAUGUGAAAGUCCACGACGCAUGGAACGCAAGAAGAUUGCUCGAACACGACCAUCCAAGUUUAGGUGUAAAGACUCCGAAAUCCACCGAACCAAAAACGCAGGGACAUGUAUGGUGGAUGUGGAAUGUCCUGAAGGGUGUGUGUGUAUGGGAACAUUGGUAGACUGCUCCAGACGAGAACUGACCACUAUGCCAUCCAACAUUCCCUCAUACACUACAGAACUAUUACUUCAAGGUAACAGAAUUACAAGACUGGAGGCCAACGGACUGUUUGUCCAUCUUAGUAACCUACAGACACUUGACCUAAGCAACAACCUGAUAGAGGAUAUAGCCUACAACACUUUUGAGGGAGCUUCAAAGCUUGUGGAUCUGAACCUCUCCAACAACCGAAUCAACAGGAUUACGAGUAAAAAUCUAGCUGGACUGUCGGCAAUACAGACCUUAUCUUUGGACAGGAACAGAAUCACAUGUUUAAGUAACACAACGCUAACUUCAUGUCCUAAUCUACGUAAAGUGUCACUGUUCAACAAUCAGAUCAGGUGCAUAAUGGCUGGAAGCUUUGACAACCUUCGUUACCUCAUCACUCUAAAUCUGGAGGCGAAUCCAUUCACUUGUAACUGUCACCUUGGCUGGUUUUCUGACUGGUUGAGACAUGUCAACAUCAUUACAGGAAGUCCCACGUGUUUCUCCCCUCACAAUUUGAAGGAUUCCGCGAUUCAUGACAUCCGUACAGCAGACUUUGUGUGUGAAGCUAACAAUGAACUUGGCUGUAACAUGGGAGUAUCUCCCUGCUGUUCCGAUGAAGAAGUUGCUCCUGUAGAUAGUAGUUGUGACCCCCGAGCCUAUUGCCCGCCAAUGUGUACCUGUACAGGAACUGUUGUUCGAUGUAGUAGGCAGAUGUUGACGGAGAUCCCACCACACAUUCCCCUCGACACUACUGAAUUGUACCUUGAUGUGAAUAACAUCACACAUCUGAACAUGGACAUAAGUCAACUCAGCCAACUCCAGCGUCUGGAUUUGAGCAACAAUAAAAUUGUAACACUACCUGAAAGCAUCUUCUCCAACCUGACACAGUUAUCGACCUUAAUUUUGAGCUUCAACAAGCUGGAAUGUAUGGCUGCCUCCAGCUUUUCAGGGCUUCGGAGACUCAGAAUAUUGUCUCUUCAUGGAAACCAACUUUCUACAAUUCCAUACAGCUCCUUCAAUGACCUUGAUUCCCUCACACAUCUGGCCCUUGGCAUGAAUCCGUUGUACUGUGAUUGUAACCUGAAAUGGCUUGUAGACUAUAUAAAGAAUGAUUUCAUGGAGCCUGGGAUUGCUGGCUGUGCUGGACCUGCAUCCAUGGUUAACAAGCUCAUACUGACCACACCUCCGUCCUCCUUCCAGUGUAGUCAGACUGCAGAUCCAGAUAGUGUGGCAGUCGCUGCAAAGUGUAAUGCUUGUCACCAGAAUCCCUGUCUACACAAUGGAAUUUGUAGAAUCAGAGACUUCAAAAACUUCACCUGCGACUGCACACCUGGUUACCAUGGGCAAAGAUGCGAAAAUGAAAUCAAUGCCUGUUUUGGCAAUCCUUGUAUGAAUGAUGGUCACUGUGAGGUCCUCAACCAUGGAAGGUUCAACACCUCUAAUUUCAGCUGCCGGUGUCGGCCAGGUUUUGAAGGUGAGCGAUGCUCCAUCAACAUUAAUGACUGUGAGGCCAACUCCUGUCUAAAUGGCGCCACCUGUGUUGACCUUGUCCAAGGUUUCUCCUGUCAAUGUUCAAUGGGCUACAAAGGCAAGGCUUGUGAGAACAAGAUACAGUACUGUACUGGUGAAGAAAACUACUGUCAGAAUGGAGCCAUGUGUGUUCCACUAGACUCUGAUUACAGAUGUGAAUGUACAGCUGGCUAUACGGGAAAGAACUGUACAGAAGACAUUGAUGACUGUCAAUCACAUAUCUGUCAAAACGGGGCACAGUGUGUGGAUCUGUUGGGCAAGUACACCUGUACCUGUCUCCGUGGCUACACUGGCAAGUACUGCGAGAUUCCACCCAUCAACAUGUAUUACAGCAAUGAUUACUCCACCCCUGGAGCCUGUCGUAACCAUGAGUGUCAGAACAAUGGAGUUUGCUACAAACCCAAGGGAUCCCAGGACUACAUGUGUCAAUGUGCACCAGGAUUCUCAGGGAAGAUGUGCGAGAAGUUGACAAGUGUUUCUUUCCUAGACACUGACUCUUACAUCCAGUGGCCCAAGUUAGACUUUGAGUCAUGGGUCAAUAUCACAAUUGUAAUGAAAACGGAGUCUGAUUCAGGUCUUAUCUUCUACACUGGACAAGAACAACAUUUAGCAGUGGAGCUGUUCCGUGGUCGAGUGGGUAUCAGCUUCUAUGUAGGAAACACACCAACAUCUACCAUGUUUAGUUACAUCUUUAGUUAUGUGGAAGUUAAUGAUGAUAGAAUUCACUACAUAGAGUUGAUGCUAAACCGACGUAACUUUACAAUGAGAGUGGACGGUGGAGUGUCACGAUCUGUCGUCAACCAAGGCAACAGGGAUUUCUUGGAUAUAAAUGACGAUGUCUACUUUGGGGGCCUACCGUCAGAUGUCAGUGCUAGAGCACGAAGUAAAUUUCAUAUUAGGAGUGAAUCCAGUUUUAGAGGUUGUUACCAGUCUGUGUACGUCAACAACAAAUUGAUGGACUUCAUGUCAUCAAAAUUAAACCGCAAGAUAAUGCCCGGCUGUAAAGUAGAUCCCUGUCUCAAUAACCGGUGUCAGAAAGGUCGCUGUAAACCCCGUAAGAAACGCCAGGGAUACAGGUGCAAAUGUACCCAUGGAUACUCGGGUCGCUUCUGUGAUGUUGAGCCUUCCUGUCGUCCUAAAGUUUUCAGAAGUCACUACACACAUCCAAAGACAAACUGUAAAUCACGUUCACGAAUAAAGUUCCGCCAGUGUACAGGAUCAUGUGGAAACGGUUGCUGUAAUCCAAAGAAAAUUAAAAAUAGAAAAAUCCGAUUAUACUGUCAAGAUGGAACCAGCUAUAUGUACAAAAUUCAAAUCAUUCGCAAAUGCGGUUGUAAACAGUGUUCAUUUUCAAAUUAAAUUUACUAAAUAAACUGAGAUUCUUCAAAAGAGUUAGAUAUCUUCCACAAAUCAGGCCUCUGGAUAAGAUCUGCUUGAUGUUAUGGGCAGUUGGAAGAUGAUUGUGUUAAGACUAUUAACAGUUGUUUUAGACUAUUUUGCAUAGUAGAGUUAAAGAGGUCUUGAUCAGUUCCUGGUCACGGCACCAAUAUCGUUGGAGUUUAAUGGCUACUGGUCACAGCACCAAACUCAUGUUUAGUGAACUUACAAUGGAUAUUAAAUUGUUGCUAACCAACAAGUCAAAUACACAUGCUCAAAGGGAAGAAAACUUGGAUGAUGGGACCCGAAAGAAAGUUACAUAUUUUGCUGCCCUGUUUGUUGUGACUGAGCACUGUUAUGUGUACACUGUAACUUAGAACGUUUUAGAAAUAGCGGAAGUUACAUAUAAACUAUCGAGUUUUAAAUAAUUUUGAAUCAGUGCUAGUCAUGUAGCAAACAGAUAUGGAUGAAAACACACUUUUUAUGCAGUGCCCUGGCAUAUCUGAUAUAACAUGAACCAAUGUAGGCGAUAGUACAAAAAAACUUUAUCACAAAGCAAUGUUUUGUAAGUACCAGAAUAUUGCAUGUGACUAUUGCAUGUAUCUGUUCCAUGUGAACCAGUACUUUCCACCUACGCAUUUCUAGGAGACUUUUGUGUAAAAGGAUUUAUGAUAAAGAGUUUGUGCGGAUAUGGAUAUCAGUUUUCAUCAUGCGAUGGUUUAAUCACUUUUGCUAUGAAUAGUAACAGGUAGCCAAUUUUACGCCGGUAGUACGUGUUGGCACGACUGAAAGCCUGGCAACAGUAUACUGUUAUUCAAUCAUGCUGAUUUUUCACCAGUGUAGGUGCAUUGAAGGAAAGUAACCAAUCAAAUUUAUGUUGUCAUCAAAGAAGUAAAAAAAAAAAAAAACAUAAAGGAGGACAGAUAUUUCAAAACUACAAAAUGUGAUGACCAUGUUUUUGGUAGUCGUUAUUAAUUUAAGCGAAGCCAGUAAAAAUGUUGUGAUUAUUAUGCUGCAUAUGUAUGUUGAACAUUUUGUAAAUCUGCGUUUAAAGGGACGCUUGAAUUAAAGGAUAUUUCUUGAUGUAAGUUUCUGUGUAACAUAUGUACAUACGUUUCUGGUAAUAUAUUUAUAUCAUGGUUAUGUGCACCAUCUAUGGGUUGAUUUGUGGUGACUAUAUAUAGAUAUACCUGGGUCAGUCCAGAAGUGACCACUGAUCAGAAUGGCGUUGUAAUAUCAUUUACAUAUACGUACAAAACUGACCUGUUUUGUAUAUCACUUGGUCAUUAAACACCAGGACUAUUACUACUGAGGUCAGACACUUUUUCCUCAUAUCAGUUGUCAAGGAUUUGUAUCAUUGAUUUCCAAUUAGGAUGUCUAUUUCACUUUUAUUUACCAAUUUUUCAUUACUUUUCAAAAAAUCAGUGUUUUUAUCAAACAAUUCUAUUGUUCAGAAAUAUUAAUGAAACCUUGGCUUUUUCACCAUUGGCAGAAGAAUGGUAGAGAAUCUAUUGAAAGCAAUGGAAUUAUUGCAUUAUAAAACCAGAGUUCAAAUUUGAUAGGUAUCAUGUGUUUUAUUUGAUAUAUUACAAUGAUAACAACCAAGGUCUGAAAAGAAAAAUGUUUCAUUAUCGUUUUAUAUACAUAUAGUCGUCUGUAAUAUUUGUUUAGAUAAUAUUUUAUAGCUUGAUAACAUUUCAAACCAGAUCAAUCUUCGAAAGACUAAUGAACAUCAACAUUAUAUAUAUAUAUAUCGUCCAGGGUAAGCAAUGUUGAUUGUGUCUUAAACUAAUGUGUAUAUUCUGAUUAAAUAAUUCAUAGUGUAUGUUGCACAGUUGUUUCAACGUAUGAACUUGAGGAAACCUACACUUAGAAUUCAUAUUUUGGUUUAUUAGGAAGACCAUAGAAAAAUUUAAUGUAGAAUUUGAAUGUAAAUUUGAUAUUGUUAUAUUGCAUGGUAUCAAAGUUUUGUAUGUAAGACGCACAUAUUUUGCAUGUUUAAAUUGACUAACUACAUCAACAAUAUAUUUAUAGGUCAAUUUCAAAUAUUUUCACUUUUGGACUCUAAAUGUUGACAAAAUUAACAGAAUGGGUUCAAAAAUUAUUAUUGAUGAUUUUUAGCGGUGCAGUUGAGUAUUCACAUGGAAGUAAACAGUUGUCUUAUUGAUAAUUGUGAACAUGACGUCAACAUGACUUUUUAAACUGAUGUACAAUCUUGUUACUAUAGUGUUUAUGUUUGGAUACUAACCAGUAUCUGGUUAGCCCUGCUGACAUCUUUCCAAGUUGUAUAACACUGGCACACCAUGUAUAGAAGAUCUGUAAAGACAAAAAGAAAAAGUGAACAGAUUAGAAUUUCCGAAAAUUAUAAACCAAAACCGUUUUCAAGUUUAAUUGAUUCGCCCUGAAAUCACAAUCAUAUGUGAAAUAAUUGAUACUUGUGUAGAUUUCUUGUUUAACGUGUUCAUUGAAUCUCUAGGUAAUCUUCCCUUAUAAAGAUAUGGAUUUACACACACUGGUGGUCUGAGUCACAAUACUUGAUUCUUGUUUUUAUUGAAUUAUUGUUUUAUUCCUUAAACAAAGACCCUUCAAUGUUCAUUUCUUUUAAAGCAGCUAAUAUAAUUAUUGUUUAUCGUUAUUAUGAUUAUUUCAUCCAUUUAUAACUGACAUUUGUUUUCCUGUGAAACUAUUUUGCCCAAACUAGUGAUUCUAACAUAGAUCAGGAGGGCAAUAUUGACAGCUCAUACUGGACUUCUUAUGACCUUCUCAACUUCCAAAGUAAUUGUUGAAAUAAUAAAGAAAAAGUAGGGUGGGGGUGUUGCAAUUCCAAGGCCUGCCAAUCCAAAGAAAGCUAUUUUGCAGCUCAAUUAUUACCACAAUAUUUUGUUGAUUUGGUAAAAUUAGUGCUACUUCUUUGUUUAUGGAAAAGAAUUCAAAAGUUUUCAUGAUAAAUUUGUUGAAAUUUAAUCUUCCAACGUGCUUGGUCGGUAUGUGAUGUUAACCCAUUUUGAAUAUUCUGCCCCAAUAUAUUGGAAAUUUUGUGAGUAAAUCCUUGUCAAUAAUAUAUAAUUUUGUGGGCACAUUUACUAAACAGGAGAAAUUGCUGUCAUGCUCUUCUAUUUCUUUAUUGGUGAAGUGUUAGUUGUGUAAACAAGGGAAAUAACUCCUCUAAAUGCUUAUUUUUUUCAUCGUUUGUUUGAUGGUAUUAGUCGGUAAUAGACAAGAGAACUGAUUAACUAUUCUCAAUACAUGUUUUGUAUUUCUUGAUCUUAUGUUGGUGAUGAUUGUCUGUUCUAGACAAAAGAACUUCAAUGUUCUCCAUACAUACUUUAUGUCUUCUGUUGGUAAUGUUUUUCAGUACUAGACAAGAGAAAUAAUGAACUUUCCUCAAUACACGUUCUUGAUCUUUUUGCGGCGAUAGUUCACAGAACUAAUAAGUAUUCUCUGAUUAUAGGUGUUUUUUUAAUUAAUGUUUUUGUAAUGUUUGUUGAUGAUAGACAAGAGAAGUAAUCAACAAUUCUCGGUACAUAUAUGGCCAUUUUUGCUCGUUUUUGUUGGUGAAAUUUGUUCGAUAAUUAAAAAGAGAAGUUAAGUAUAAUCUCGGUAAUCAUGUCACUGGUGAAUUUUGUUUUGGUAAUGUUCUUCGUCACUCAACACUCCAGAUAAGAAAAUAACAUUUUCUUUUGUACUUUUGUUAAAAUUCUAAAUGUUAACAACUUUUUUUUUUUUUUUUUUUUUGUAAGUCAAAUAGUUUUAGUGAUUUGUGCCGAUACAUCGAUACUGAUGUUAAUUGUUGACUAACGCAACCAGUCAUUUGGUCAAUUACUUGUACACAAUGCAGACAAAGAAAAGCCAUGUAAUUCUAACAAGACAAACUUACACUACCGUCAGCAGGUUGAAUGGCUGAUAAUCUCUGGUAUAUAUGAAAUAAAUUUUAUUUUAUAAAGUU